GCAUGUCGCUAGCUUAUUAACACCAUGCAUGCAUGGGAAGGGAGGCAGAGAAGCAUGUAUAUAUAUGGCAAACAAUUUUUACGAUUAGGAAGUUGAAAGAGAAACGGUUUGCUGCAACAACGUACUGGGACGACGCACUGUCGCUGAGAAAGACGAGAAAGACGCCGUCGUCUCGUCGCCACCACAAAAUCUGUCCCACGGUCACGGCAGCAAUGUGUGAAUCUCCAUCGUCAUCUCUGCAUAGGCAUGUGGCGUGUUAUUAUAGCUCGGAAGACAUCGUUGUAGCGGGCAUUGAAUCUGUCGCACGGCAAUGUGUGAAUCUCUAACGUCCCUGAUGCCACCGUCUCCGCCGCCAUCACCGCCAGAGUACAAGCACUUCUGUCGAGUAUGCAACAAGGGGUUCACGUGUGGCAGUGCGCUCGGUGGGCAUAUGAGAGCCCACGGCCCUGCUAGCGACGUCGACGGGUUCGGCGUCGUCGACGACGACGAUGGCUCGCUCGAUGAAGAGGGGGUCACGCGAUGCCCCGGAGCAGAUGAGUGGGACGACGCGGUUGGGACGUCGGCGACGCAUGCGUAUGCGCUCCGGGCGAAUCCGAAUAGGUUGAUCAGGAGCUGUCAGCUGUGCAAAAACUGCGGGAAGGAGUUUACGUCAUUGGAACUUUUCCUUCAGCAUGCGAGAUGCAGCAGAUCAGAGGAUGAGGGAGGAGGAGGAGAAGAAGAGCAGGUGGGUAGUCCGGUACCUUCGUCAUCAUCUCCCCCUACGAACGCUGAUGGUGGUGGUGACGAGGAUCCGAUACUAGCAACCCCAUGGUCGAAGGGAAAGAGAUCACGUCGCGUUGGGACGACCGAGGAGGAUCCUUCCACCAGCACCGUGGGAGAGGAGGAAGACCUCGCGAAAUGUCUCGUUAUGCUAUCGUCUUCCAAAUCCAACAUUAAUGACCAGGAGGCGAACGUUAUCGCGACGAUUACAAAAGACGAUCAUCAUCAUCAGAAGCAACCGAUUCCUUUUUUCACACAAUCACAAGAGUCAGUCGUAGCCGCACUGCCUUCUUCGCCACUCGUUGUGCCUCAAUACAUCUCACCCGCACCACGUGGAGGAGUUUUCGAGUGCAAGGCGUGCAAAAAGGUAUUCACUUCACACCAGGCUCUUGGAGGCCACCGGGCUAGCCACAAGAAAGUCAAAGGGUGUUUCGCUGCCAAGUUCGAGACGAGCAAUGCCACUGAAUCAACACGCCAUCAUCAAGUGGUGGCCGUUAAUAUCGCCAAAGAUGGAAGAAAUAAUGACAAUGGCAAAGCUCCUGCUGUCGACGAAAUCAUCAAUGCAGGUGCGAGUGCGAGUGCGAGUGCACAUGUCCCAGGAGGUUUUGCUACCACUAUCGUCGACACCAACAUAGGGACAAGUUCCGACACGCCACGAUCACUGUAUUCUUCCAUGGCGCUUGCGCCCAUCGUCGAACACAAUCCAUUAGUUGAGACCACGCUCGCCGUUGCAGCGGCACAGUUCAAGAAAAGCACCAAAAUGCAUGAGUGUUCGGUAUGCCACCGGCUGUUCACCUCUGGCCAAGCACUCGGUGGUCAUAAGAGAUGCCACUGGCUUACCUCAAACACAUCAGACCCUUGUAACACGGUGACCGCCAGCAUGAUCCCGUCGCUAACGGAAGAUUUCGUUGGCGGCGUAGUCAAACAGCAGUUCAACCUCCAGCCCCAACCAAUGGUCGUGGACGUGCCUCCGCCAGUGCUCGACCUCACAAUCGCGCCAAACGCAACCGUAGCGCACUUGCAGCCACUAGCUGUCGCAGCACCAAGCAAUGUUAAUCACCAGAAGAAGGAUGCCACAAGAAAAAAAUAUGCCAUCGAUGCGGUGAUGGAGGAGGAAGAGGCAGACAGCACACCAGCGAAGAGAGCUAAAAUUAGCGACCUCAAAGACAUGGUGAGCAUGGAUGGUGAGCCCACAAAGCCCUGGCUACAAGUUGGGAUUGGUUCCUCGUCGGCACCAGGAGAUGACAGUUGACAAGGCCUGAUGAGAAUAUAACUAUUCAUUAAUCGACUUUGAAGUAUUAUGGUACAUAUUAUAGUAUUAACUACUUACUAACUUUAUUAACUUAGAGCGUGAAUGUACAAUUUGUGGAGUAUGCUAUACAUUGUUUGAUUUUUUUUCUUCUUCUUCUUUUUUUAUUAUCUAGAUCUUCCACUGUUAUUGUAAGACUGAAAUAUACUGCUGCUAAACACUAAUUAAAAGUAACAAUAUGAAAGACAACAUUUUUCUCUUGUUACAUUAUUUUGUUCUAUUAUUGAUCUUUGUAGCAUCAGACUUUAAUCGCCUGAAGUUUUUGUGGCUCUAUAUAUUGUAUUUAUCAUUUAUUAUCACGUACCGGAUGUACCAGAUAACUUGUAAUGUCUUUUACUCGACUCAAGUGCAAGUUUUCUAGGAGUUUCAUUCUCAUUAAAUGAGAUGUCUGUUGGGGUCUUCUUCUCCAUCGAAGGUCUACAAGACAAAAACACCUUCAGCAAGAUAAUACAAAGCCUCGCUGAAGCUAUCAUCAACAUCGGCUCUGCUUCUCAAGACAAUGACCUUGUGUACAAGCAAUGUUGCAGAAUGCCGAAGCUCAAUAGCAUCGGCUCGGAUCAAGCAAAGACGUAAAAGACUAAAUAUACCUUAUUAGCUUUAGUUGCUUGUAAAUAAACGUUUAAGGAUAUGGAUGUAAUU